CCUUUGGCUUUGACAGCCGCCGCCACAAGUCUUUCCGCCUCCCCAGCCUGCCUGGGAGCUGGGAGCGGGAUUAUGGUGGCCUGACCAGCAAACGCAGCCGCAGGAGCCCGGAACCCCUACCCCUUCCCCUGCUGCCCGCCGCCGGGAGGACCAGGAAAGCAGCCUCCGACCUGCCAUGCCUGCCCCUCCCAGCCCCCCAGGGGGCCCAAGUCGUCCUCUCCUGGACCUCUGCUGAGGCUGGACCACUGGCCAGAUGUAGCCGGGCUCCGGAUCUGUCUCCUCCCCUUCUCUCUCUCUGCGGAUCUCUCCUGCCCGCUACCCACAGCCUGGACUGAGGGCUGGCGGAGGGGCCUGCAGGCUCUGGAGCCCCGAUGCAUCAAAGCUCACUCUCCUGAGAACCACCUCCAGCACCCGGAGUUGGGGGCAGGCCACAGGGACGGACGUGGGCCGGAGUGAGCCCAGGGCACCCCAAGGCCAGGACCCACCAUGGCCCAAGCGCUGCCCUGGCUCCUGCUGUGGAUGGGCUCCGGAGUGCUGCCUGCCCACGGUUCCCAGCCCGGCAUCCGGCUGCCCCUGCGAAGCGGGCUUGGGGGGGCCCCCCUGGGGCUGCGGCUGCCCCGGGAGACCGACGAGGAGCCAGAGGAGCCCGGCCGGAGGGGCAGCUUUGUAGAGAUGGUGGACAACCUGAGGGGCAAGUCCGGUCAAGGCUACUAUGUGGAGAUGACCGUGGGCAGCCCCCCACAGACGCUCAAUAUCCUGGUGGACACAGGCAGCAGUAACUUUGCCGUGGGGGCUGCCCCCCACCCUUUCCUGCAUCGCUACUACCAGAGGCAGCUGUCCAGCACAUACCGGGACCUCCGGAAGGGCGUGUACGUGCCCUACACCCAGGGCAAGUGGGAGGGGGAGCUGGGCACUGACCUGGUGAGCAUCCCUCAUGGCCCCAACGUCACUGUGCGUGCCAACAUCGCUGCCAUCACUGAAUCAGACAAGUUCUUCAUCAAUGGCUCCAACUGGGAGGGCAUCCUGGGGCUGGCCUAUGCUGAGAUUGCCAGGCCUGAUGACUCCCUGGAGCCAUUCUUCGACUCCCUGGUAAAGCAGACCCACGUGCCCAACCUCUUCUCCCUGCAGCUCUGUGGCGCUGGCUUCCCCCUCAACCAGUCAGAAGUGCUGGCCUCGGUUGGAGGGAGCAUGAUCAUCGGGGGUAUCGACCACUCGCUGUACACAGGCAGCCUCUGGUACACACCCAUCCGGCGGGAGUGGUACUACGAGGUGAUCAUUGUGCGGGUGGAGAUCAAUGGACAGGAUCUGAAAAUGGACUGCAAGGAGUACAACUACGACAAGAGCAUCGUUGACAGUGGUACCACCAACCUUCGUCUGCCCAAGAAAGUGUUUGAAGCUGCUGUCAAGUCCAUCAAGGCUGCCUCCUCGACGGAGAAGUUCCCAGACGGUUUCUGGCUAGGGGAACAGCUGGUGUGCUGGCAAGCAGGCACCACCCCUUGGAACAUUUUCCCAGUCAUCUCCCUCUACCUCAUGGGGGAGGUCACCAAUCAGUCCUUCCGCAUCACCAUCCUUCCACAGCAAUACCUGCGGCCAGUGGAAGACGUGGCCACGUCCCAAGACGACUGUUACAAGUUCGCCAUCUCCCAGUCAUCCACAGGCACUGUCAUGGGAGCUGUCAUCAUGGAGGGCUUCUACGUUGUCUUUGAUCGGGCCCGGAAACGAAUCGGCUUUGCCGUCAGUGCUUGCCACGUGCACGAUGAGUUCAGGACAGCAGCGGUGGAAGGCCCUUUUGUCACCCCGGACAUGGAAGACUGUGGCUACAACAUCCCACAGACAGACGAGUCGACCCUCAUGACCAUAGCCUAUGUCAUGGCUGCCAUCUGCGCCCUCUUCAUGCUGCCGCUCUGCCUCAUGGUGUGUCAGUGGCGCUGCCUCCGCUGCCUGCGCCAUCAGCACGAUGACUUUGCUGACGACAUCUCCCUGCUGAAGUGAGGUGGCCCAUGGGCAGAAGAGAGAGAUUCCCCUGGACCACAUCUGGUGGUUCCCUUUGGUCACAAGGAGACACAGAUGGCACCUGUGGCCAGAGCACCUCAAGACCCUCACCCACCCACCAAAUGCCUCUGCCUUGACAGGAAAGAAGGAAGAGCUGGCAAGGUGGGUUACAGGGGUUGCCCCUGCAGGAAACAGGAGAGGGGAGAAAGAAGCGUUCUGGUGGCAGGAAUACACUUGGUCACCUCAAACCUGGGAAAUUCUGCUGCUUGAAACUUCAAUCCUAAACCUUUGCCCACCAUCCCUCUAGAGUCUCCAAUCCAACGUAUUCUUUUCUUAGUUCCAGGAAUAGUGGCAUCGCACCCAGGUGACCCCAGUGUGUGUCUCUGCAGUGCCCUGGCAGAGAAAGAACCAGUUGUGUUCCCCUGCUGGCCAGUCGGCAGGAACGGGUGCACAGUUUGCCAUUUGCUUUAGAGAUAGGGGCUCUACAGACAAGCCUGACAUUGGUGCAGAGAUGCCUCUUGAAUUAAAAAAAUAAUUACAAAAUGUGUACAAAUGGAGGUGGUUGGAGGAGGAAAGGGAGUGCAAAGACAGGAAACAGCUGGGAUCAGAGCUAGGAAAGGCAGCAGCAUGACCGCUCACCAGUCCCCGUUUUAGACUGCAUCUCCAAGAUAGAAUCCCAUCUUCUAAGAGGGGUGUUGCUUCCCACUGUCUCUUUUCUGUGGUUGCAGCCGGACCAAAAGCGCGAUGGGAAGAAGGGCUUCUCCAGCCAAAAAGCUCUUUUUAGCUCUCUUAAGUGAAAAGCGCCCCCCAAAAGGCCCAAAAGUUUCCAUCUAACAAAUAAAUUUCUACCUUAUUAAUUCCUGGUCUCCAUCUGAACCCUCUGCUCUACACGUGACAGGCAGCACUGAAACACCCCCGACCCCAGAAGCCCCAGGUGCCCUAUGGGAAAGCACCUGGAAUAGAGCACAUACAGCCGGGCUGCGCUCUGUCUUCCUGGCUACGAGUUCACCCCUCCCCCAAGUCCCUAUUCCUCUGGAGCUUUGCAGCUGAGGUGCUAAGAAGAAUAGACAGGAGACCUCUCCUAUCUAAUCCUUGGAAUCAGAAUCCCGAAGAUUCAUUCAACAGGUGCCCUAUACCCUGCCUGGAUUUCUUCCUGUUCAGCUGUAAUAGUAAGAUCUUGACAUGAUACAGAGCAGUUUCACUGCCUUCUCACCCUAAGGUCCCCCGCAUUUACUUGGCUAAGGCAUCCCACAGUGGCACUAGUAUUAUACCAGGAGUGUCAGGAACACAGGGCCUUUUGGCUCUAGCAUCAUCACCUUCAGUAUCAAGGCUGCGUGGAGCAAGGAUGGCAGCUUCAGGGAUUAUUUCCUUCACCCCAAGAACCCCUUGAGGGAGGUUAUCCUUUGCCCCUAUCCUGCUCUCUACUCCCUGCUUCUAAUAGUACUCGGGUACCCAGGCUGGUUCUUGGGCUAGACAGUGAGGACCAAGUUCAUUUCCUCCCUAUCGAUUCUAACCCAGCCGCCUAUGAUAAACCAGUGUUAGUGGGAAGAGCUGAAUUUUCUUACUGUACCACUGGAUCCCAUUCCUAGCUGCUCAACACACCACUUCCAGGUAUGGGACCUGCAGAGUGUGGAGCUACCUGAUGAGGGAGAGGGAACUACAAGGAGGGCCUCUGGAGACCCUGGCCUCAGCCAGCUGCCCACAAGCCAUAAACCAAUAAAACAAGAAUACUGAGUCACA